UACUGUUGUUAAACAUACAUAGCCUUGAAAGAGAGAAUAAAGGCUUUUGCUUGUUGCUUAUUGCAUAUUGUUUUCUUUUCUUCUCCUUCUUCUUCCUUGUCUUUCUUCUUCUGUAGUUUCCAAUUUCCCUGUUGAGAGGCAUGUCAAGCUGCAGCAUCGAUGUUGCCCCUGAGCAACUCUGCUACAUCCCUUGCAACUUUUGCAACAUUGUUCUUGCGGUGAGUGUUCCAUGCAGCAGCUUGUUUGACAUAGUGACCGUUCGAUGUGGACACUGCAGCAAUCUAUGGUCAGUGAACAUGGCUGCUGCGUUUCAGUCACUGUCGUGGCAAGAUGUUCAGGCACCCGGAUACAACAAUCCGGAAUACAGAAUUGACACAGGUUCCUCUUCCAAGUGCAACAAUAAUAUGCUUGCAAUGAGAGCACCCACCAAUCAUGUAACUAAAGAAAGAAUUGUGAACCGGCCUCCCGAGAAGAGGCAGCGCGUACCUUCUGCAUAUAAUCAGUUCAUAAAGGAAGAGAUUCAGAGGAUCAAGGCUAAUAAUCCAGAUAUCAGUCACAGGGAAGCAUUCAGUACAGCUGCGAAGAACUGGGCACACUUCCCUCACAUUCAUUUUGGGCUGAUGUUGGAGACUAACAACAAUCAAGCUAAGAUGGAGAAUGGGAGUGAGAACCAUUUAAUGACGACGGCAGCACUUUUGAACAAAUGAGAGGAAAAAGGCGAUCGAUAAUGUGAAAAUAUGAAGAAGGAUGACGAGAUGACUGUGAGUUACGUUGAGAGUAUCAAUUAUUAGUAAACAAUUAUAUGUUGUCGUCGUCGUGACCUAAUGUGUUGUUAUGAACGAUUACUCUUUUCCUUUGUAUCGGUGUACGUACUUACUUGUAUUCAUCAUGUCUGAUCUCUCUCUCUCUCUCUUUUUCUCACUACUACUUGUUCAGUCGACGUUUUUCACUUCUAUCUUUAAGUGAGAAUCCUUCCUUUUUCUCCCCUCUUAA